UAAACCCCCGAAGAAGAAGAAGAAGCAGGUCAUGCUCCUCCGUAGCUUGCUAGCCAACAUAGCAGCUCUUUAGACGGUUUCGGUGUAUGGGAAGUCGCUGUAUUUUAAACACAGAACAGGAGGUCUGCUGGACGGAGAAAGAGGGUCUGUGGCUUAAUAUUGUCGUGAAAGAAGAGGAGGAAGAGGAGGACGUCACAGUGAAAGGAGAUAAAGAAGCGCUCAGAGUGAAAGAGAAGGCGGGGGAUGAGAAAGAGGAGGAUGUCGUUUUUGGAGUGAAGGAGCAGGGGGAGGUUACUGUCACAUUGGAAGACGAAGAAGAAAAGACAGGAGAUGUGAUUAACACCGGAGAGAGGCCAGACUCUCCCUCUGACAGUGGGAAGUGUCCUUCAGGGGAACCAGACCCAGAGACGCCUAAACCAGUGAGACCACACCACUGCUCCCACUGUGGAAAGAGUUUCACCUGGUUAUCAAAGCUGAAAGAGCAUGAGAGAACACACACUGGAGAAAAGCCCUACCAAUGUGCCAUUUGUGGAAAGACUUUUACCCAGUUAGGGGGCUUUCAAUAUCAUGAGCGGACACACAGAGAAAAAAAUGCCUACCACUGCUCUCAGAAUGGAAAGACAUUUACCCAGUUAGGGAACCUGAAAAAUAAUGAGAGAAUACGCACACAGGAAGAGAAGACAAACCACUGCUCCCAGUGCGGAAAGAGUUUUAAAUGGUUAUCAAAGCUGAAAGAGCAUGAGAGGACGCAUACAGGAGAAAAGCCUUUCCAAUGCUCCCAUUGUGAAAAGAAAUUUAACCAGUCAUCCCAUCUGAAAGAGCAUGAGAGGACGCACACAGGAGAGAAGCCUUUCCAAUGCUCCCAGUGUGGAAAGGGUUUUACCUGGUUAUGGAACCUGAAAACACACGAGAGGACACACACAGGAGAAAAGCCCUACCAGUGCUCCCUGUGUGGAAAGACUUUUACCCAGUUAGGGGGCUUUAAAUAUCACGAGAGAACACACACAGAAAAAAAGACCUACCACUGCUCUCAGUGUGAAAAGAUAUUUACCCGGUUAGGGAACCUGAAAAAGCAUGAGACAAUACACACACUGGAGGAGAAGACAUUAGUCAGUUAGGGAACCUGAAAGAGCAUGAAAUAACACAUACAGGAUAGAAGCCAGAUUUAUUUUGUUGGGUGGGCUGGUUGAAAUUGACACACACAUGUAUAUUGUUUUUUAUAUAAAAAUACAAAAAUGAAAAGGGUGACAUGGCCUGCGGCCCAUGGACCUGUUAAUACACAUAUAUUUUUACCAUUUUUGCACAAUUUCUCAGUUAUACUAAUGAGCCUUUGGCUGAUCAGUGCAAUGGACCCUUCUCGAUCAGUGGGCAACAGCUGGCCCCCCUACCAAGUUGGGCUGGCCCAUUUUCUGAUAGGCUGAGCUGAGGUCAAACUCACAUUCAAAGUCAAACGCGCCAUCAACAAAGAGAUGUGCUCCGACUGUCAUCAGUUAGACAGCCAAUAUAGACUGUCAUCAGUUAGACAGCCAAUAUAGACUGUCAUCAGUUAGACAGCCAAGAUCAUGGGUCGUAAUAAAGGAUAAACGCUACAACCUUCUCUGACUGUUGUAACUAAGGAUAUUACAGUAGCAGAAGGCUACAACCUUCUCUGACUGUUGUAACUAAGGGUAUUACAGUAGCAGAAGGCUACAACCUUCUCUGUCUGUUGUAACUAAGGAUAUUACAGUAGCAGAAGGCUACAACCUUCUCUGUCUGUCGUAACUAAGGGUAUUACAGUAGCAGAAGGCUACAACCUUCUCUGACUGUUGUAACUAAGGAUAUUACAGUAGAAGAAGUAUACAACCUUCUCUGACUGUUGUAACUAAGGAUAUUACAGUAGAAGAAGGCUACAACCUUCUCUGUCUGUCGUAACUAAGGAUAUUACAGUAGCAAAAGACUACAACCUUCUCUGACUGUUGUAACUAAGGAUAUUACAGUAGAAGAAGGCUACAACCUUCUCUGACUGUUGUAACUAAGGAUAUUACAGUAGCAGAAGGCUACAACCUUCUCUGACUGUUGCAACUAAGGAUAUUACAGUAGCAGAAGGCUACAACCUUCUCUGUCUGUUGUAACUAAGGAUAUUACAGUAGCAGAAGGCUACAACCUUCUCUGACUGUUGUAACUAAGGAUAUUACAGUAGCAGAAGGCUACAACCUUCUCUGACUGUUGUAACUAAGGAUAUUACAGUAGCAGAAGGCUACAACCUUCUCUCUGUCGUAACUAAGGAUAUUACAGUAGCAAAAGGCUACAACCUUCUCUGUCUGGUGUAACUAAGGAUAUUGCAGAAGCAGGGCGUUGCAUUGGGGCAAAAUAAUCUGCGUUUUAACCACACGUUUACCUUUGUGAUUAUGUAAUCUUUAUAGUAAUGGUGUCAUAUCUUAGCCUGAGAUGCUGAAAAAGAACACUACUAUUUUGACUGCUUGUCUGUCCCCUGCUUAGCCAGUGUUUGUAAUGAUGCUGAAAUCAGAACAUUAAAUUGCUGUGUAGACUGCC